GUAUAUAUCUACCACCAAAUUGUGAACGUAUCUGUGUGAAUAAAUUGUCAUUGUAUUGACACUUCUAGUCAGCUUCAGCAUGAAGGCAUGUACCAUAUAGCAUGCACUGUAUAUCCUUCUACCUCUUGGAUCCUGGAUCGAGAAGGCACAAACAAGAAUAUGAUUAAUCGGUAAAAACGAGUGAAUUUUGAAUGGCCGGAGAAUGGAGGCUACGCGGGAAUCGCGCGCGGGAACUACUCCCAGCCGCUGGCUUGAUCACAGAGGCAGUUUUAAGUUCAUUACAUAAAUAAAUACAGUGUCACCCCUGCUGGUUCCCCCCUCUGUUCAUCAAUCUACUGUACUGGCCUCCUUCUCAGCUCUCACUAUUCUGGCACCUACAAUUCCAAGCUUAUCACGACGAUGGUGAAGGGAGGAAAGCCGGUGAUGCUGGUGGGGAUCGACGAUAGCGACCAUAGCUACUACGCGCUCGAGUGGACGCUCAAACACUUCUUCGCCCUGGGCCAGCCGCAACAGUACCACCUCGUCUUGCUCACCUCUAAGCCCCCCGCAUCCGCCGUCAUCGGCAUUGCCGGUCUAGGUACGACGGAGCUGUUGCCGACUUUAGAAUUGGAUCUGAAGCGCGGUGCCGCCAGAGUAAUUGAGAAGGCAAAGGAGAUGUGCUCCCAGGUGAUCGAUGCGAGCUAUGAGGUGUUAGAGGGAGACGCGAGGAACAUCCUCUGUGAGGCAGUUGAAAGGCAUCAUGCAGAUAUGCUGGUUGUGGGCAGCCAUGGCUAUGGGGCAUGGAAAAGGGCUGUUCUUGGGAGCGUGAGCGACUACUGCAGCCAUCACGCGCACUGCACCGUGAUGAUCGUGAAGAGGCCCAAGCAUAACACGCAUAGCUGAAAAACGGAAUCACACUCGUCAUCAAGAAGAUCUAGUGCCAUUUCUACAUGUUUUCGAGUUCUAAUUUUAUUUCUAAAUUGUGUAUUAGUUCGUGUGUGUGUGUGAAUAAAUCGUGACAUAGAGUGACCACCUUAUUCUGCAAUCUGCAUAUUGCAAUAGAAUAAUUAAUUUAGAAAUGCCUGAUGAGUUAGCCAUUUUAGUA